AUGGAGCACGACAUCGUGCGCAAGUAUUCGGAUGAUCGGGUCAAAGUGUCCGGUUGGUCCGAGCGGAUCCAACAGUACCCGUACGAUUGCCCCUGGAGCACCGUUGGGCGGGCGGCUUAUCGAACGUUCGGUUACACCACGAAGCACUUCUUUCCGAGGACGACCAGCCAGGAGAUGGGUGAUGCCGUUUGGGGCCACUUCCUGAAGCGGCGGCGUCAGUUGGCACGCGACGCGGGAAAGCCACACGGGACCGAGGUCAAACAUUGCCCAUACAUCACGAGCUACCGGCGGGACUACCUCGAUCCGUUCCCGGCAUUCCGGAAGUUGAUGAUGAUAAAUGCGCUGCAGGGUGGUAAUGGUGGCCGGAAGGACAAACCCACUGUGGUAGAGAAGCAUCUAAAUUGA